AUGCCGGUACAAGGAAUUCGCACAGUGGCUACCGCCCAAAACGGCGUGGGUGCCUUCAUCUUGCAAUGCAAGCGCCUGGAUUUCCACUACUGUGACUGGGCGGGCAGCUCUCGGGGCAUGAAUGCGUUCCUGAAGCACGCCCUCCCUGCUUUCGCGAAAGAGAACCCCCAGAUUGAAAUCCGAAUCUCACCACGACCUCACAAGCACCCUAUCAUCAAAGGACACUAUAUCAACGGACGAGAGAAGGCGGUUUGCGUACGAAACCUCGAGCCGGAGCAGAUCACCCAGAAGGCCAAUUUGCUGAAGCAGGCUAGCGGUGAGAAGCUGAAGCGCACCAAGAAGCCCGUCACGAGUAUCAACGACAGUGUCCGUGGUAUCUGGUCUCCGUACCACGGCGGCCUCAAAACUAUUUGA